AUGCGCAUGCAAGAGUACGCUUCAUUUCUGGUGGCGAUUUCCCUGUCGGUCUUUCUAUUUGCCAGUAUCAGCGUCGCCCACGAAGUCGAGUACGUGCCUGCAUCCAUCAACGGCGUGCGCGUGCGAGUAAGAGACGACCGGCAACCCUCGCUCUACACAACCGACUAUGGAGAUUGCCUUGGCGAGAGUGCCAUCAACGUGACGCGGUUCGACGCAGCAUACUACCGAGACAACAUGACGAUUGUGUUUCAUCUCGCGGGCGAGACGGCCUUGACGCAGGACGACAUCAUGAUGAACAUUGGCGUUUUUGCAUAUGGCGAGAGCCGGUUCGACUUGACGUUUGACCCGUGCAAUGCCAACAUGUGGAGUGCCUGUCCCGUUCGAGCGCGAGUCCCGAUCGAGGCCGCGGGCGUCAUACCAAUUAGCCAGGAAGACGUGGCCGGCAUCCCGGAAGUGGCACUUGGCAUUCCGGAUUUCGAGGGCCAGGCGGUCCUGCGUGUGUUCUUGAAUUCGACGCAGAGGGAAAUUGGCUGCUUUGCGGCGCAGAUUACAAAUGGGUGUAGUUUUCAGCAGCAAGCGGCCGUCAGUACGAUGCUGGGGGGUUUCACGCUGCUGGCUGUGGUGUCGUCGUUUGCGACUGCCGCGUAUGGCUCGGAUAUACUCGACAUGCGUAGGCAUUACGCGCACUCCAUGUCUGUGUCUGUGGUGGUGGGCGUAUGGCAGCAUAUUUUCUACAGCGGAGCACUGUCGAUGAACUGGCCCAGUGUGCUCGUGGCGUUCUGGAGCAACUACGCCUGGGCCGGCGGCAUGAUCUACUACGAGCCCAUGCAGAACAUGAUCAACGACUUCAUCGGCUCCAACAAGGGCAACACGUCGCAUGUGGGAGCUGCGGGGACGGGCGAGAGCAAUCCGCAUAUCGGAGGCGGAAUCGACAUUCACCAAAUCUACACGCGGAAAGCCGUGCCUGGCCAAGUGCAGCUUCAGACUGCUGCGCUAGCAAAACGCCAUCUCGUCGACGCAAGUACCGGGUUCAAGUACUACGGUCUGCCGCUCAAGCCUGGACUGCCGCUUCCGGGAAAUUAUUCGGGGUUUGCUGGUACGCUGGCGACGCAGCGGAUUCCAGCGAGCAACGCCUUUAUGACUGGAUUACUCUGGCUUCUCGUCCUGAUGUCAUGUGCCGUUGUCUGCAUACUUGGCCUCAAAGCAGGCGUCGAGUGCUUGAGCAGUGUCCGGAUCGUUCGCCAGGACCGCAUCACGUACUUCCGGCAGCACUAUCGAGCGUAUAUUGCAGGAGUGCUACUGCGCAUGGUGCUCAUGAGUUUCUUCAUGAUGGCGUUCCUGGCCAUGUUCCAGUUCUCAUACUUGGCUUUGUCGGGCCCCGUUGCGGUAGCCUGUGUCGUCUUUGUCGCCGUGGUGUUUGGUGUCGGCAGCGUUGCGGCGUAUGCUUGCUUCUCCAGGCUGCGCCUCGGGAAAUACGUGUCUGAGCCGGAUCGGCUCAACGUGGCCAAGCGGCGGUUGUUCAGGAUGAUACCCUGGUGCAGCAUCUCGAGGGACAGUGAGAGGCCGCGUUCAGAAGACAAUGUAUAUCUCUGCUCCAUGCCGUGGUGGCGGAUACAUGCCACGGCAGAAUGCACAUGGAUGCAUUCUGACGAGGGAUACACGGCAAAGUUUGGAUGGCUGGCCUCACGCUACAGGAGGCGGCGAUGGUGGUUUUUUGUCGUCUGGCUCUUCUACGAGUUCUUCCGAGCUGGGUUUCUGGCAGGAGCAUCCAGUGAGCCCAUGGUGCAGGUCUUUGGUCUCCUGGCCAUCGAAGCGAUUGCAUUCGUCAUGUUCAUGGUGCUCCGCCCUUUUGAGGGCCAGCGUCUAAAUGCCAUGGGUGUAUAUCUCCUCGGGUUCAGCAAGGUCAGCACUACGGCGCUGUCGGCAGCGUUGGAUGCACGGUUUGGUCUUGGUCGGAUUCCUGCAACGGUGAUUGGAAUCGUCAUCAUUGUUAUCCAGGGCCUUUUGACUGUCGCUCUGAUGGUUCUUGUAUUGAUUGGUGCGGCGUCGAGUUACAUGUCAGUCGUGCGCAAUCGCACGGAAAUCAGGCCACGGAGCUGGAACCCAAGUCGAGAAAAGUACUUUGGGCACAUGGAGUCGGCGGAGCAGGAUGUUGGACGGCCAAGCCCGCGCCGGGUAUCGGUGCACUCGAUGCCGGAAGUACCAAGGGCGCCGUACUUUGAGGUCAAGCAAGUGAAGCGGAUGGCCAAGAUUGAGGACGAAGACGACGAGUUUAUGGAGGAGAUCAAGCGCGAGCCAUUGGCGAAUCAAUUGCAUGGCCGGCCAGGGCAGGGUAGCAGAAGAGGCAGCGUCCAAUCGCGGGCUUCGUCGUCGAGCUUUCCACGGGCAGCGCGGUUGCACCGUGCAAGCUGGAGCACGCAAGAUUACCAUGACGCAACUGGACGGCGGCGCGACCGGGCGCUGAGCAGCACUAGCACGAGCACGCGACUAGGCGAGGAUACCGAGAUGAAGCCAAGCACGAGUGCCAGUGGGGCGUCGAGACGGACGGAUACUCCCGUCAUGGGACAUGGGGAGAGCAGGGCAGCGAGCAGGCUGACGUGCAUGUCGCGGGCAAGUUGGAGGCCCCGACUGGAAGCCAGCAUGCGCGAAGAAGAUGUAGCGUCGCCCCGAAGAUGA